AUGGCGAAGGAGGAGUGCAAAGCGCUACUGGACGCUCUUAAUAAGGCGACCGCAUGCUACCACCACCUGGUGCUGACCAUCGGCGGCUCCGCAGACUCGCAGAACCUGCGAGAGGAGCUGCAGAAGACGCGCCAGAAAGCGCAGGAGCUGGCGGUGGCCAUCCGCGUCCGGCUGACUGCCCCGCUGCGCGACCGGAACCUGGGAGCCGAGGAGCGCGCCGAAUUCGAGCGCCUCUGGGUGGCCUUCUCCGGCUGCCUGGACCUGUUGGAAGCCGACAUGCGGCGUGCAUUGGCCCUGGGCACUGAGUUUCCGUUGCAGGAGCCGCGGCGGCCGCUGGUGCGCACAGGGGUAGAAGGCGGAGCGACCGGCGUAGCGGCGCGCGCCCUGAGCGUCCGCAGCCUGCGGCACGAGGCGCAUCGCGACUUCGACGUGGAAGACCUGCACCAGCUGGAGCGGGAGAUCCUUCAGGUGGGCGAAAUGAUCCAGGAUAUGGAGAUGAAGGUCAACGUGCCCCGCUGGACCGUGCAGGCCCGGCAGGCGGCAGGUGCCGAGCUCCUGUCCAGCGCCAGCGCCGGCGUCUCCUCGGUGGGCGGCGUGUCGGUAGAACAGCGCACUGGUCCCUGCGACCUGAGCAAGGCCAAGGCCGCCACCAUCUUCAGCGCCGUGCUGCUAGUGGCUGUAGCCUUGGCGGUGUGCGUGGCGAAGCUGAGCUGACCGGUACCCGACGGGCCCCCGCUUCCACCAGCCCCUCUCCAGAGACACCCCUGGAGAACCUCUGCAACCGCCUGGACUAGGGAUGGGAAUGGGAUCUGGCAUGUUUAAGGGGAGCGGUUCUAAAGCACAGUGUGUGUAACGUGUAUGUUUGUACGCGUGUUUCAAGCACACAACUGUCUGGGCAGAACGUGGCUUCCUUCUUGCUGGCCCGGGAGGAGUUAAUUUUGCGCGGGCCACCAGGGCAUUAUCGCUAAUAUAUGCAAGAGCUUUAUCCCCUAUUAAUAGAAAACCAUUCACAGUGACCUGAGAUUCCUCUUACCGCCUGUGCUGCUGGGGCGUGUUUACACUGAGGCUGAGCCUGGUGCCCCCACCCCUGCGGGUGAUUCCCAUUCUCGGAGAGAGGCAGUUUGGAAAGAGGAUGGGGUGAAAUGAAGAGUGGGGUGAGGGCGCUGUUUUGUGUUUGUGUGUGUUGGUUUUGUUUCCUGGAACAAGAAAGCAAAUGGUAAUAAGAUGUGAGCAGUUUUUAUUACCUUCAUCCUUUGGGGCCUAAGCUUAGGAGAGUGUGCAAAUAGCAGUUCAUGCAAAGAGCAUUCUUACAGGGCAGCAUUACACACGUCUGCACCUGCUUGCCUGCUGAAAAUGACUCCCUGUGUGGGACACAAGCUUUGGGAAGGGACGCAGUCUAUCCAAACAAGCACUUUCUCCUUGACUGGGGCUUAUUUUUGUUCCAGAACUAGACCAGAGUUUUUGAUCCUCCUUUGGGGGAGGACUGGGGAAUCCUCUUUGGAGCCCUUAAUCCUAUCUAUCCCUUGGAAUUUGCUUGCUAGCCAGUAGGAGAGCUGGCCUUGGAGGGAGCUGCACAACUCCCUGACCUGGACACCCCCCUGAGAGGGUCAAGUGACAUCACUGGACACAGAGGUUUUGAGCCAGUCAACCCUGAGAGUGGGUCAGAACGUAAGGAACAGAGGUUUUGAGACCAGUCAACCCUGAGAGUGGGUCAGAACGUAAAACAGCUAAAUUUUAACUUCAAAAUUAAGGAGCUUAAAAAAAAGAUCUUCUGUUUAAAAAAAAUCAUAUGACCACAUUGUGUACUAUCAAAGCUGAUUUUUUAUAAAAGACAUUUGGCCACAAGUUCAUACAGUUGCCAGUGAGUCAUACAUGGUAUCUUUACUUACGUACUUAGAUUGCUAAACAAACAUCUCCAUUUAUUUUGAAAAUCUGUCUUCUUAAGGCAGGAGAUCAUAGCAUAAACUAUUGGAACCACAGGUGCAGAUGACAGAAGUUAAGUGACCACAGCUUCUUUGUGGCAAUAAAUAAGGAAAUGUGGAAAACACCCUAGGUCCCAGGCUGGAAUUUGCCUGAGCAGUGCCACCAACUCCCCACCUGUGGUUCAGAGAGAGCGUUGUUGGGGAAGAAAGACUGAGAAAACAGAUGCAUUUAACUCUAAAGAUAAUUUGGAAUAAAGCCCAGAAACUGGCUGAAAAGUGGUAAAAAAAUUUUUUUUCUCUUUUUCACCCCAGAAGGGAGAAAGAGGACCCAGAGGAGGGAAUGGGCAGUGUUUCACAGGACAGUUUCAAGGGCCAAGGGUCAAAAGUAAAUAUCAGUACCAGCAGCUCACUCCUAUGGACCACUCUCCCAGCCUCGCUCACCCAGUCCCACUCCUCAACACACAGAUAGUUAAACCACAGGACCUGUUUGUGUGUUUCUGUGAUAAUGGUUUUAAAAGAUCCACAAAAUCUUAGGCUGAUUAAGAGUUCUGCAACAAUAACUAAUAACAGGAACUCCUUCUGCUUCAUCCAGUCUGGGUGAAUCUGAAUUGGGCUGUGUAAAUUUCUUUUUACACCUGCCUUCCCAGGAUACCUUCAGAAAUGACAUAGGAAGUUUUCUAACUCCCCACUUUCUCAUCCACCUGGGACAUAGCAUGGACUCUGUCACCUCAUGUCUCUCAGGCUGGGACAUAUUGUGACCCAGUGUGGGAAAAUAUCCCUAAAAACCAAGCCCUAAAUAUAUUCUUUGAUCUAUAAAAUUGUGACUGUUCUUAUGAAGGUGUUUUGGUUCAUGAUUCAUCAGAAUCUCUUAUAGAAACAACCUGUUAGAAGCUGUGUAAUCAUCACUUCUCAGCCUUUUGGCUAAAAUCAAGUGUAGAAGUUGUGUAACCCAUAGGGGGCAAUUGGAACAAGCAAAUGUCUUUAUUUUCACUCUUUCCAUCCACUUGACAGAUCCUUGAGUAUUUACUUACACGUGCAAUCAGAUGUGUACCUGGUCCUAAGAAUUCACUGUUCACUGAAAUCAGUGAUAAAGUACUAUAGACACACCAAAAAAGCUGAAUUAGAAUGAACGUAUUUAUCCUGUGGCUCUGUUAACCUAAAUACCUCUUUGUUAAAUAUUCAUAAUAUCUGGCAUUAUUUGGAGUUGUAACAUUGCCUAAUAGAACUUCUUGCUCUGUGAUGUGAGCAAAAUCACCUUCUGCUGGAGUAAUAGUCUGUCUUAUGACAAUAUCUCCCUGAUCUCAUUUCUCUGUAUAAUUCAAGAGGUUGUUUUCUGGUAGAAGUCUGAUUCAAUUUAGAGGUUGGAUAUCAAAGUCAUUAAUUUCUUAAAACAUUUGAUAUGAUCUUAUACCAUGAUACAAGUCAUUUAAAAAUUACAAAUAUUUAAUAGAGGGUAUAUAGGGUAUGGUGGUUAAGAGUCAACUUUCCUAAAUUAAAGGUACAAGUGAAAGGAUGGGUCUUUACCUCAAAAAUUAAGUGCUGUUAUAUUGAUAAAUCUAUCAUAUGUUAAAUACCUGUAAGAGAAAAUAUACCUGGCUUCUCCUUUGGGAAAAUAGCACAGCUUUAUCUGAGACUGAUCUGACAAGAACUCGUAAUGUCAAGACACUUCUCACGGAAACUUUCAACUAUUCCUAUUAAGAAAAAAGAACAGAACAAUGUUUAUAGAAGAAAAAAAUGCCUGGCAAAUUCUUUUUUAUGUACUCUAAGGAUGUAUGCUUUUAAAUGCCACAAGGGAAAAUAUUUUUGGGAAGUCAAAUCAGAGCAUAAAAUUCAUGAUUUGCCUAAGGUUUACAGUAAACUACAUAAGAGAUGUGUGAUGUCCAAUGACUGAAAAGCAGUUUGGGUUGAAGAGAGUUCUGGGUUUCAUGAGAACCCUGAUCAUGCUGCAUUUUUUUCAACAUGCACGUUCAUACUUUUUUUUUAUCCUACAACGCCAGACCAGCUGCAGUGGGCAGGGCUCUGCCUUUCUCUCCAAGUACCUCAAACAAAUCACUGACUUCCCUGUGUCUCCCUUCCGUCAUCUGCGAAAUCGGAGGGUCCUGACUGGUGAACUCAAAAGCAUUUAACAGAAUGCAGUUAGACAGGGAAGAGUUAUUUUGUCUGGGGCUUUUUUGAGGGGGCGGGGAUGUGGAGAGGGGUUGUUAUUGUUGGUUUUGGUGCAUAUUAAAAUGAAAUCUUACAGUUUAUCUAAACUUAGUCUGGUGGUAAACUUCCAUAUGAAUUUUAAAAAUCAGAAUGAACUAAGCUUACUGUGAUUUUAGUCCAUUGAGUGUAAAAAUGCUACGUAUUUAUAGUAUUUAGAUUAGAAUUUUAAAUUCAGACUCUAAAUCCAAGAAGGCCUAGUGUUUAUUAAACACUUGGUUGUACCAGCAACCUAAACUGAUUCUGGUAAAUUACAGAUGUGAAAUCCCAUAGUUUGUCAUGGAGUCUUGGCGAAUCCUUUUCUGUAACUGCCCUGUACCCUCAGAACUGUAAUGGCAUUGCCUACCUGAUACUGGGGAACUAGCACAGUAUGGGUUGUUUUGUAUGUGGCAUCAGACCCUAGUUGGAAGUAAAAGGCUUCGUGUCUACUGUUUGAAUGAUGCUUCUAACUAAAAUGGUUAUUAAUAAUUUAAAGGGGCUUCCCUUGUGGCUCAGCUGGUAAAGAAUCUGCCUGCAAUGCAGGAAGAUAACAUGCAGCAUUCGUAACUUUGUUGGAAAAGGCACCCUUAAAUGAUUCAGCUAUCAACUAUUAUGAUAUUUUAAGUUAUUCUUAAUCUUCUUCAUGUACACUUAAAUUGAAGUGAAUUUCCUGGUCAACAUAUUUAUACUUCACAGAUUUCAUUACAUAAAGAGAUGUUCAGAAGGACACCAGGAUUAGAAAUCUCCAGGUGUUUUUCUACAAUACAAUCAUACUCUUCUUUUCACGGAAGAUAGAAUCCAGGAAGAACAGUCGGUCUCCAUAAGAACACUAUUUGGCUGUGGUCAACAUAGAACAGAGUCCUGUUCAAAUACUGUUCCUUUAGCUCUUAGGAACUGACCAAAGAUACAAGGACUGACUACAUGCCCUGCGUCCAUGAGCACAGGCUAGAUUUAUGUAAAAGCAUUCCUCUCUUUUAUUUGCUUAUUUUCAUUUCACUCCAAAGAGGAUUCUGGGUGCUUUCAUUGCAGUACUCUGAGAUCUUCAUCAUCCUUCUUCUCUGGUGUUUGAAUGUAGAAUGUUAUAACCUUAAGGCUUAUAUGACAAAUGUUAAUAAGCCAAAUGAAAACUCCUGUUGACAAAAUAAUUUUUAAGAGUCCUUUCCACAUGCUGUUGUCAGGAAAGGAAUUUUUAAAAUACUUAUUUAUUUGGUUGUGCUGGGUCUUAGUUGUGGCAUUCAGGAUGUGACAUGCAGGAUCUUUAAUUGCAGCAUGCAAACUCUUAGUUGCAGCAUGUGGGAUCUAGUUCCCUGACCAGGGAUGAAACUUGGGCCCCCUGCAUUGGGAGCAUGGACUGGACCAAAUCCCCAAAAAGCAAAUUUGAAUGUCUUUUGUUUGUAGGUAUGUGUCAGGCACAUAGAGAAGAUCUAUGAAGAAAUAUACAUAAGUGAAAAUGUUUGUUAAUGUUUGGUGGGAUUAUAAAUGGUAUUUUUUCAAUAUAUUUGUAUUUAAUAUUGUUAUAUUGUUUUUACAAUAAAGUUUGAAUGCUCUUA